AUGGCUAACCAACUAAUGGGCGAUGCCUUGAACGCUCUACUGCGUCGGGCUUCUGAGGAUACUGAUCCCGAUGAUGCACCCGAGGCGGGCUCGAAGGAGAUUACUAGCUCCUGGGCGCUAUUUAUUAUGAUUAUGCUAUUGAUGUUUGCCUUGUUUACGAGCUACAUCCUUCAGCAGAAGAAGAUCCAGGCUGUUCAUGAAACGGUAUUAUCUAUCUUUGCGGGCAUGUUCGUCGGUCUAAUCAUUCGCCUCUCCCCCAAAUCCAACCUCCAAGACAGCGUCGCAUUUGACUACCAAUUCUUCUUCAACCUCCUCCUACCCCCAAUCAUCCUCGCCUCAGGCUACGAGCUGCACCAAGCAAACUUCUUCCGCCACAUAGGCACAAUCCUCACCUUCGCAUUCGCAGGAACCUUCAUCUCCGCAAUAGUCCUCGGUCUAGUCCUCUACCUAUGGACCCGUAUCCCUCUCGACGGACUCAACAUCUCCUUCGUCGAGGCUAUUUCCGUCGGCGCCACCCUCUCAGCUACGGAUCCGGUCACUAUUCUUGCUAUUUUCAAUUUAUACAAGGUUGAGCCGAAGCUGUAUACGAUUAUCUUUGGCGAGUCGAUUUUAAACGAUGCCAUUGCUAUUGUGCUUUUUGAGACGGCGCAGAAGUAUGCAGAGCAUGAGGCUGGGUCGCUGAGCUUUUUGAAUAUUUUUGAGGCUGUGGGAUUGUUUUUGCUCGUUUUCUUCGGUAGUAUGCUUGUUGGUAUUAUUGUUGGUAUUGCGACUGCUUUGGGUCUUAAGUAUACGCUUGUUAGACGGAUGCCGAAGAUUGAGAGUUGUCUUAUUGUUCUUAUUUCUUAUGCGAGCUAUUUCUUUUCGAAUGGUGUGCAUUUGUCUGGAAUCGUGUCUCUGCUUUUCUGUGGAAUCACUCUGAAGCAUUACGCUUAUUACAAUAUGUCUCGCCGAACGCAGUUGACUACGAAGUACCUGUUCCAGGUUAUGGCGCAGUUGUCGGAGAAUUUUAUUUUCAUUUACUUGGGCUUAGAUCUAUUUGUCGAGUCAAACUUGCAGUUCAACCCGCUUUUCAUCCUUGUGGCUGUAUUCGGAAUCUGUCUCGCUCGUUACCUUGCCGUGUUCCCUCUUUCUAAAGCUAUCAACUGGUUCAUUCGGUAUCGAGCUCGUCGCCGCGGCGUGGAAGUUGCCGAUGAACUACCCUACGCAUACCAGGCUAUGCUAUUUUGGGCCGGCCUGCGAGGUGCCGUCGGCGUCGCGCUAGCAGCCGGUUUAACAGGUGUCAACGCCCCAGCACUUCGAGCCACAGUUCUCGUCGUGGUCGUAUUAACCGUGAUCAUUUUCGGCGGCACGACAGCACGCAUGCUAGAGAUCAUGGGAAUUCGAACCGGCGUCGUUGAGGAAAUUGACUCAGACGACGAAUUCGAUAUCGAAGUCGCCCACCAAGGCACAUUUUAUAAACGCUCUGACUCUGCCUUCGGAUAUACACCCCGUCGCGCAGACUCUACCAUCCCUCUAGACGGAAUGGAACAUCCUCAGCGCGCCGGUCCCGGCGAAAGAGCAGAUAGCUACUCAACCGGUAAUAGCCGACGCCCAAGCCCACCACACGGACACACAAGAAUGUACUCAGCUGCCUACACCGCACAAGAUACCCAGACAAGACGCGAUCGCUCGUCAACAGCUACCCUUCUCAACGGCGGAGGCGGAGCAAGCGACGAUGAGUUCGGUAUCCCGCCCUCGGGCAAAUCUGCGAACCAAGUCGCCCACCCUGACGACUUUGAUCUCGAUCUCGAUGGCUCGGAUGAUGACGACCUUCCACCUGCUGCAAGUAGUAGUUCUCGUUUGCGGAGGUCGCCUUCGAAUCCACCACCUGCUCCGCAUACUCCUACACCAGCUGCGGUGUCUGCGAGCGUCUCCCCUGCUAGAAGGGAACAGCCUGGUCUUAGUGCUAGAGAAGCGCUGAGGGGUAUGUUCUCUGGUGGUGCGAGUGGGGAUCACGCGGCUUGGUUCCGACAGAUUGAUGAAGAUUAUAUUAAGCCUACGUUACUGCUUGAUCAGUCUAAUCAUAAAGGACCUGGUGCGGUUUGA